GAUUUACUCCUCACUUCUCUUCCUCUUCUUCUCUCCACCCCUCUGCACUACACAGGGGCAAGCUUUAGAUCAGCUCACACAGCUAAUCUAUACUGUAAGAGCCAAAAGCUCUAGCUGUGGAGCCAAGUUCCUGGGAAGUUUGGGAGUCACCAUGGUGGAGAGCAUGGACAUGGAGCAGCAGCAGAAGCGUUACUGCAUCCGCGGUAAGCAUGUAGCCAUCAUCUGUGCAACAGUGGUGGUGUGCUCUUUGGCGGUGGGCCUCGGGGUGGGUCUUACCAAGUCGGGGACAAGCACUACUACUACUCCCUCUACGCCAGCCCCCACAGCAGGGCCUACCAUUCCACCCCCAGCUGGCAGAGGGCCCUGCUUGCCUUCCACAGAUUCCAAUGGGGACUGGAAGAACUUCCGUCUGCCCAGCUAUGUGAACCCGGUCCACUAUGACCUGCACCUGGAGCCAGACCUGGAGGACGACACCUACACAGGCACUGUGGACAUCCACGUGGAAGUCAGCAAGCCCACCCGUCAUCUGUGGCUUCACAUUAGGGAGACAUUUGUCAGCGCUAUACCCAGACUGAGGAUGCAGGGGGGAAAGGCGGGCCAGAGGGAGAUGGCAGUGAAGGGCUGCUUCGAAUACGUAAGUCAGCAGUACGUGGUGGUGGAGGCCACGCAGGAGCUGCCUGUCACCGGCCCAGGAGAGGUGUACGUGCUCAGUUUGGACUUCCAGGGCUUUCUCAACGGAUCUGUGGUGGGAUUCUACCGGGUCAUCUACAUCGAGGAUGGGGACACAAAAAAGAUUGCUGCAACUGAUCAUGAACCAACCGAUGCACGCAAGUCAUUUCCCUGCUUCGAUGAACCAAACAAGAAAGCAACCUACAACAUCUCCAUCACUCAUGAUGAUAAGUAUGGAGCUCUGUCCAACAUGCCACCUCAGGGUACCCCUGAACAACUGCCUGGCAAUAAAGUGAAGACCUCCUUUGAGAAAUCUGUUCCAAUGAGUACUUAUUUGGUGUGUUUUGCUGUGCACCAGUUUAGCCAUUUGGAAAGAACUUCUGCCAAAGGAAUUCCUUUGAGAAUCUACGCCCAGCCAAGUCAGUUAAAAACUGCAGAGUAUGCAGCUAACACAACCAAGGUCAUCUUUGACUACUUUGAAGAAUAUUUCAACAUGACUUACUCGAUCCCAAAACUUGAUAAGAUAGCCAUCCCUGACUUUGGUACUGGUGCCAUGGAGAACUGGGGCCUGAUCACCUACCGGGAGACCAACCUUCUGUAUGAUGAUAAGCAGUCGUCAUCCUACAACAAGCAGCGAGUGGCCAGUGUCAUCGCCCAUGAGCUGGUCCACCAGUGGUUCGGGAACAUUGUGACCAUGGAUUGGUGGGAUGACCUCUGGCUGAACGAGGGCUUUGCCAGUUUCUUUGAGUACGUCGGUGUGGAGAAAGCUGAACCCAACUGGGGCAUGCGAGACAUCAUGAUCAUCAGUGAUGUGCUUCCUGUCAUGGUGGACGACGCCCUCCUGUCCUCUCACCCCAUCAUCGUGGAGGUGUCGACCCCAGCGGAGAUCACCUCUGUGUUUGACGGCAUCUCAUACAGCAAGGGAGCAUCCAUUCUCAGGAUGUUGGAGGACUGGAUGGGCAAAGACUUGUUCAGAGAUGGAUGUCGCAAAUAUUUGAAAGACUACCACUUCCAGAAUGCCAAAACAGCAAACUUCUGGACAUCUAUGGCCGAAGUGAGCGGGUUGCCGGUUGCAGACGUGAUGGACACAUGGACCAAACAAAUGGGUUAUCCUGUGCUGGAUCUGACUGUCACAGAGACGGACGCCAAACUGAGCCAGAAGAGAUUCCUCCUGGAUCCUAAUGCUAAUGCCAGCACAACCCCUUCACCUCUGGGGUACAAGUGGACAAUUCCAGUCAAAUGGCACUCUGUGAAAAGCAACAAAAAUAUGUCGGAAAUAUUUUACAAGAGCGCCACAGAGAUGGUCGUCAAAAACUAUUUGGCCUCAGAGGACGGGCUGCUGAAGGUUAACAAUGAUCACAUUGGAUUCUACAGAGUUAACCAUGACAACCUUAUGUGGAACGCUAUCAGUGAACAGCUUCAAAACAACCACCUGGAAUUAGAUGCAGCUGAUCGCACAAGCUACAUCGAUGAUGUUUUUGCUCUUGCCAGGGCGAAUGUCAUAGAUUAUGGUAAUGCCUUCAACCUGACGAAGUACCUGAAAAAUGAGACGGACUACAUCGUGUGGGAGCGCGUGUCCUCCUCCAUCGCAUAUGUCCGGGACAUGCUCUCAGACAAAGAGUUCUACCCAAAGUUCCAGCAACUGUUCCGUGACCAUGUUAAAGCCAUCACAACACAACUCGGAUGGGAGGAUAAUGGAUUACAGACGGAGAGGUUACUGAGGGAGACUGUGCUCAGCAUCUCCUGUCAGAUGGGGGAUGAGGCAUCUCUGACUGAAGCCUCUCGCAUUUUUGACCAGUGGAUUAGUGGCAGUCUAAGCAGUGUAGCGGUGAACCUGAGGCUACUGGUCUAUAAAUAUGGCAUGAAGAAGUCUGCUGACGCAACCAAGUGGAACACAAUGUUCAUUAAGUACAAAAGCACUACUCUAGCUCAGGAGAAAGACAAGCUGCUGUAUGGACUGGCAUCUGUGGAGAACGUGGAACUCCUCUACAAGCUGCUGGAGGCCACUAAAGAUGAGAGUGUGGUCAGGAGUCAGGAUCUCUUCACUGUGGUGCGAUAUGUGUCCCUCAAUCCACUGGGGCAGGACAUGGCCUGGGAGUGGACCACACUCAACUGGGACUACCUGGUCAACAGGUACACCAUCAAUGACCGGAACCUUGGUCGCCUUCUGGGUCAAAUCACAACCCGCUACAACACAGAGCUGCAGCUGUGGAAGAUGGAGCAUUUCUUUAACAAAACAAUGGAUGCUGGUGCUGGAGUGAUGCCCAGGCAACAGGCGCUGGAGACAGUGAGGAACAACAUUGAGUGGAUCAAGACCAAUGAGAACGAGAUCAGCGCGUGGCUGCAGAAUAACAGCCUCUAAAGCUGCACCAGUGUACAACCCUGCAGGGACAUACAUAUGGCCUAUACCAUUCACUUCAUGAAGAGCGAGGCUGGGAUUGGUUAGUGUUCUAUUUAAGGGCCAAAGACAGGGCUGCUGAUCUGAAUUAAGAUUGAAAACAGAAAAUCAAAACCAAUUUCCAACAAUCCAAGUUUCCGUUCCCAAGUCCCAUUUUGCUAAUUGCCAGACUUUAUAUUAUAUUUAAAAUGUCCCCUUCACUGCUGUCACAAUCAUUUAUGCAUCUAAGGUGAGUUAAGCUUGGGUUCAAAACAAGUAGAGUUCUUGUCUGUCUAAUAUUUACUGAAUGAGUUUUUGAUACUGAUGCUAUGAUAUAGUGAUGACAUAUUUUUCCAGUCCGACUCGGAAGUUAGCAUUGCAAGGGCUCCCUCGAAUAAAGCCAAGUUCUUUUUUCCUUCAAUUAUGGAAUAUUGCCACAAACAUCUCUGUGGCAAACACAUGUUUAUGAUGUUUACAUGUUUUUUUAAGCAGGAUAGUCUCCACAUAUUACAUGUUUUUUAAUAUAAGUUGAAGCUUAAAUGGCUAAGGUAAAAAGCUAACGGAAUGCUAAAAACAAACUACAUGACAGUUGCAUGACUGCACAUCACCACCGACGCUAAGCUAAAGACAGCUAAUGAUCAACAUGGUAAUGUUUAGAAGUCUCAUUUUGCCACUUUUUAGCAACCGGCAAGACCUCACCAGUGGGCUACCGUAGAACAAAAUGUGAACAUCUCGUAAGUUUGUGUUCACUGCAGAUAUUACUCCAGGCAUCUAACUACAAACACAGUCAAAAAACUGACUGCGAGGCGAGGGAACCCAGCAGUGCUAACUCAUUCCUGUACCACUUUAUUACAGUUCAACAUCACCAGUGUUCUCCCAUCAUCUGGCCGCCCAGUGUACCUUGAAUGCAGCCUUUUCUCUCUCUAGUUCUACUCACUUUGUCCUUUUUAAUUUCUUCCUGAUCUCGUGGUUAUCACAUAGAGGAUAAUGAUACAGCCUUUUCUCCUCUGUGUCCAUGAAUCACUUUUAUUAUAAAUUCUAUAUAUUUUUGUAAAUGGUUGUAAUUUUCCAUUACCAGCACAGAGUGCAGCUAUGGUCCCACAGACCCACAUAUAAUAUAUUAUGAUGCAUUCUGCCUUAGUACACACCACUCUCUAUGCAUUUGUGUGUUUUUGUAUUGGUGAGUAGAAAUGGAGAUGAAGAGUUUAAUGAAUAAAUAUUUACUACAAUG